UGAUAAUUUCAGUGGACAAGACGAUUGAAAAAUCGAAACUUGUAACCUUGCAGAAUCUGUUUCCUAAUAAUCAGUUCAAGGCCAAAAUUUUGUGAACAUAUUACAACUCAACAGACAUAAAUGACACCCCAAAAAAAAAUCCAGAUUUGAUGGAACUUACGUUUUUUAUUAUUAUUCUUUAAAAUUUUUACCCACACAGUACACACUUGCUCUCCCACAUAUAUACACACACACAUAUAUAUAUAUAUAUAUGCAUAGAUAUACUGGACUGGUAGAGCGGGGAUUAUUCAGUACACAAUUUGCAACUUUGCGGCUUUCUUAGUGCGCACUAAGUGAGAAAGGUGAGAAAAAGAAUAAUAAUAAAAAAAAGAAAUGGCAAAAUCACCAGAAGAAGAACACCCACAAAAGGCGUUUGGCUGGGCUGCCAGAGAUUCUCAUGGGAUCUUAUCCCCUUUCCAAUUUUCCAGGAGGGAAAAUGGUGAUGAAGAUGUCACAAUAAAAAUCCUCUACUGUGGAGUUUGCCAUUCUGAUCUGCAUUGUUGCAAGAAUGAAUGGGGGUUCACAAGAUACCCUGUUGUUCCCGGGCAUGAAAUGGUUGGCAUUGUAACCAAAACUGGGAAAAAAGUGACGAAAUUCAAAGAGGGUAACAAUGUCGGGGUCGGGGUCAUAGUGGGAUCCUGCAAGAAAUGCGAGACUUGCCAACAGGACUUGGAGAACUACUGCCCUCAAUGCAUAUUUACCUAUAACGACAGUUACCAUGAUGGGACAAAAACAUAUGGUGGUUACUCCAACAUCGUGGUUGUCGACCAGCGCUAUGUGCUUCGGUUUCCUGAUAACUUGCCCCUCGAUUCGGGUGCUCCACUCCUGUGUGCCGGGAUCACUGUGUACAGCCCGAUGAAAUACUAUGGAAUGACUGAACCGGGUAAGCAUUUGGGCGUAGCAGGCCUUGGUGGACUUGGUCAUGUUGCUGUGAAGUUCGGAAAGGCCUUUGGAUUGAAAGUGACUGUCAUUAGUAGCUCCCCCGGUAAGCAGGCUGAGGCAAUUGAUAGGCUUGGGGCUGAUGCUUUCCUUCUUUCCAGUGACCCUGCACAAAUUAAGGCAGCUUUGGGCACUAUGGAUUUCAUCAUUGACACAGUGUCUGCAGUUCAUCCGCUAGACCCGUUAAUCGCUUUACUGAAGCUGAACGGGAAGCUGAUCACUGUUGGUUUGCCUAAUAAACCGCUGCAGAUAACUAUUUUUCCUUUAGUUUUGGGGCGAAAACUAGUCGGAGGAAGUGACAUCGGAGGAAUGAAAGAGACGCAGGAAAUGCUAGACUUUUGUGCAAAGCACAACAUUACAUCAGAUAUUGAGCUGAUCCGAAUGGAGGAGAUUAACACCGCCUUCGAAAGGCUUGCUAAAUCCGAUGUUAGGUACCGGUUUGUGAUCGAUGUGGGGAACUCUUUAUCACAGUAGAAUGCUUCUGAUGCCUUUGAUUCUGAUAUCAAAUAAUUAAAUUAAGUUUGGAACGUUGGAAUCUAAUUUCGUGUCAUGAAAUAUGAUUUUUAAUGGGGUAUUUAGACCGUGGAAAAGUUGUUGCCCUGGAUAUUAAUGGUUGUUCCCAUACAUUUGCUUUGUUGAGAUUAUAUUCAUCUUCAUUUAUGUUUAGCUCUUUUCUCUGUUUAUCUUUAUCUUUUUAACAACUCGGUUGCAACUAAUUUUCAUGAAAGUGCUAUUGGAUUUGUUUUG